CAUACACCUGGAAAUAAUCACAAGUAAAGGCUCGUACAGACUACAUGACUUUUAAACGUUGGUCCGAACUAUGCGGUUCACACUACAUGACUUGUUCUCUGUGAAAUCAGGGGUGUUCAAGUUGUUGAGCAGUUCACACCACGCGACACAACGUGAAUGCCCCACAACAGGAGGUAACGCACUACACGAGUUGAGAACAACUCUAUCACCAAACGAUUCUAUCUUGUCUACAAACCACGUUUUUUCACGCAAAAUCACGCGAUAAAACGAAACGGAAAUGACGCGAAACAGCGCGGACGCCAGUAAACACACAGAAGAAGAACAACACAACACGCGAACCUUUGUUUGAAUAUGGACGCCAAACAGAAGUUAGUGCUGCAAACCGUUUGCGCGAUGAUUUGCUGUGAAAAAAAAACGCAAAAGAAAAAACAAAAGAGUAUGGGUGAAAGAGUGGAUCAGCAUACGCAGACAGCAGGGAUUGUCUGUGCUACAGAAAGAGUUGGAGAAUAAUGAUAGGACAGGAUUCAGGGAGUUGCUGCGAAUGACCGCAGAGGAGUUUGAUUUUUUGCUGGGUAGAGUCCAACAUCUAAUAACAAAGCAGGACACCAAGAUGAGACGGGCAAUACCACCUAGAGAGCGUUUGUCUUUGACCCUGCGGUUCUUGGCAACAGGUGAAACGUUCAAGUCCCUCAGGUUCCAGUACAGGAUGGGAACCAGCACCAUCUCACAAAUAGUCUUUGAAACCUGUUCUGCUCUGUACAAGGUUAUGAAGGACGAUUUCUUGAAGACACCAUCAACGGAGGCAGAGUGGCGUACAAUAGCCAUGGACUUUGAAAGGAAAUGGCAGUUUCCACAUUGCCUUGGGGCACUUGACGGAAAGCAUAUUUACAUACAGCCUCCAAGAAAAAGUGGGAGUUUUUACCACAAUUACAAGGGCAGGUUCUCUGUGCUUAUGAUGGCUGUAGUAGAUGCAAACUACAAGUUCAUCUAUGCAAGUGUGGGUACCCAAGGCCGGGUUUCAGAUGCCAGACUGUUUGCUCACUCUGACCUGCGGAAAGCAAUGGACGAGGGGAGACUAAACUUUCCCCAACCUGAGCCUUUGCCUAAUUCUGACACAAUGAUGCCCUACAUGUUUGUGGGAGAUGAUGCAUAUCCCUUAAGGCAUGACCUAAUGAAGCCAUAUCCUUUCAGGCAGAUGGACCACAGUCAGAGGGUUCUUAACUACCGUCUGUCUAGGGCACGACGGGUGGUAGAGAAUGCAUUUGGUAUUCUUGCCAACCGAUUGAGAGUUUUCAGGUCAACCAUAUGUUUGGAGCCAGACAAGGUGGUGAAGAUAACAAUGGCCUCCCUGUGCAUCCAUAACUUCCUAUGGAACAUUAUUAUGCUGAUUAUUGUGGAGCUCAACAACAACAACAAUGUUGAUGUCCACCAGCAACAGUAA